AGCGCUCGAGAAAUCGUUUGACCCCCGGAAAUGCUUUGUAGGUGCGGGACUUUUUCUCAUCGGGAGAAGAAAGCGUAAGGAAACGCUCAUGAAAAACAGGAUGUCAGGCAAGCGGAAUGCAAGCGAGAUUUCCUCCUCGCCGACGCCUGGUGCUUCCACCAGCAAUGGCAAAGAGGGGGCGGAGCCAGCCACCAAGCGCAUCCACAUUGAGCCCAUGAGGCUGGGGGCGGUGUCAUCACAGGAGGAGAUGGACAUGAAGGUUCUGCGAUUCCAGAAUCGCAAGUUGGCCGAGCGUCUCGAGAUGCGCUCCCUCAUGGAGAAUGAGCUGCGCAACCGCAUCGAGCGUUUGGAGCAACGACAGGUGACGGAUGAGAUCGUACUCAGCCUCAUGAACAAGUACUGGACUCAGCUUGAAGAGGAUAUUCGCAUUCUUCUCAUGAGGGUGGAGACGAAGUCCAUCCCAGAAAUCAAAACAGAAAGCAGCCAAGACACUAAGCCUGCUAUUAAGGAGGAGAAAACAGAGAUGGAAACAGACGAAGCCGCUGGCAAUGAGGCUACUGGGUCAAACGAGGUCGCCAGUCAAGACGCAGAGGUCUUGGAUAUGGAGAUGGAGACGGAGAAGAAAGAUACCCCUGCUGCUAAAGAGGAAAAGAAAGAGCCGGAGACCAUCACCUCCUUCCUGGCCACCUUAGCGAGCUGCGACCAGACUGAGAUCGACCAACACAUGCAGGAACGCUGCAAGUUCUCCAAGGAGGCUGUCACCAGGCUGGUCGCAGUCAUCGCAGCCGUGCAGGACAAAAGCAAGACCGUGGCUGCCGACAUUCAGAACAGAAGUGACAUUGAUGAAGCAGUGAAGGCAGCCAACGCUGAACUGACUACUGAGAAUCAGAGACUACAGGAAACCAUCAACUCGCUACAAGAGAGACAUCAGAAAAUGACUCUGCAGUUCACAGAGCAGAGCGACAAACUAGGAGCAGCCGAGACCAAGCUAGCCGAGGCCAACAACCUGAUCGAUGACCUGCGGUUUGACCUGAACCAGGCCCGGCAGCGAGCCCAGAAACUGGAGAUCCUGCUAGAAGAGAGCUACACCAAGCUCAAGAAUGCCACGCUGGUCCCCGGUCAUAUCUUUGGUGAUGGAUCGGCUGGCCUCUCCUCCAAACAGCUCCAGACGUUGGUCAAUGAACUGGAGGAGCACAAGGAGCUGGCCAAUGGCCGACUAGUAGAGCUGGAAAGACUACAAGAGAAGUACCAAGAAGUGGUCAAGGAGUCCGAGCAAACCAAGAUGGAUCUCCAGCGCCUACCAGACUCCAUCGUCAUGGAGAGGGCGCCCUAUAAGAACCUGCAGUCACAGUUCUCGGUGCUGUACAAGGAAGCCCAGGAGAUGAAGGCACAGUUUGAAGAAACGAGGAACCUCUUGCAACAAACCAAAGGAACCCACCUCAGACAGAUGGAACAGAUGGAGAGUGACGAGCUUGACUGCCAGAAAAAGCUCCGAACGGAAGUCAUCCAGCUAGAAGACACUCUGUCUCAAGUGAGAAAAGAAUACGAGAUGCUGCGCAUUGAGUUUGAGCAGAACCUUGCAGCCAAUGAACAGGCAGGGCCAAUCAACCGAGAGUUGAGGCAUUUGGUUUCCAGUUACCAGAGUCACAACACACAGCUGAAGGGGGAGAUCAACCGCUACAGGCACAAACUCAAGGAGACACAGGCUGAAGUCAUUAAACUAAAAAAUGAGAUGGCUUCCCACAGCCACGGCAGCACCAGCAGCUCCUCGUCUAGCAGCAGCAGCGGCAGUCUGGACCGGAGGGAGGCCAGCCACGAGAAGGAACAGCUCCAGAAGCAACGUGAGGAGACCAGCGUGCACCACGAGGAGAGGCGAGACCCUCGGUUGGAGAAAGAGAAGGAUGGAAGGAAGGAAGAGAAGAAGGACGGAAGCAAGGAGGCUGAGACGAUCAAAGAACUCAGGGCCAAUCUCAAAAAAUCUCAGGAGAAUCAGAAAGAGAUGAAGCUCCUUCUUGACAUGUACAAAGGUGCAGCCAAGGAGCAGAGAGAUAAAGUACAGCUGAUGACAGCAGAGAGGCGGGCCCGGGCGGAGGUAGAGGAGUUGAAGUGUCGACUGCGUCACAUUGAAGACAGGGAGAGGAUGGAGAACCGUAAGCUUGCCGACGAAGAGGCCAUCCGGAAGAUACGCAACCUGGAGGAGACCAUACACCAACUACAGAAGAAACUUGCCGAUCGCAAACAGGAGGAGGAGGCGUUGCUAUCAGAGAUGGACGUGACUGGUCAAGCAUUUGAAGACAUGCAGGAACAGAACACAAGGUUACUACAACAGCUCCGAGAGAAAGAUGACGCAAACUUCAAACUCAUGUCUGAGAGAAUCAAAUGCAACCAGAUCCACAAGCUCCUAAGAGAAGAGAAGGACGUCCUAGCUGACCAGGUCGCGACCUUGCAGACCCAGGUAGACGCCCAGAACCAGGUGGUCAGGAAACUGGAGGAGAAAGAGAGGAUACUACAGAACAACCUGAGCACGAUGGAUAAGGAGAUAACGCUGAGGCAGCAGUCGCUAGAGCUGAACAGGAGAAAGGCUCUUGACAGCAGCCAAUCCACAGCUGACCUCAAGAUGCAGCUGGAUAAGAUAACGGGACGCAUUGAGGAGCUCCAGAGACUGGUCAAGGAGAAGGCCAGUGCCGUGGAACAAGAGAACCACAAAUUCCGCAGGGCGCAGGAGGAAUCACAACAUCUAAGGAGGAAAGUGGAGCGAUACAAGAGAAUGGAGCUGGCUAGCAGCACAGAUGAGGUACUCAUGGAGGAGAUACGAACAUACAAGGAGCAACUGACGUGCCCGUGUUGCAAGAAGGGACGCAAGGACGUCGUCCUGACCAAAUGUUACCACGUCUUCUGCUUUGAGUGCAUCAAGACGCGGUACGAGACCAGACAGCGGAAGUGUCCCAAGUGCAAUGCGGGCUUCGGAGCCAACGACUACCACCGCAUCUGGUUAUCGUAGUUCUUGGCCUUCUCAAUUUUAAUCUAAUUUAUUUCAUUUGUGUUUGUGAAGCGCUUUCCGUGAUGGUGUCAAGAAGUUGACAAGUUAAGACAAUGAUAGGUCCAAGGGUCAAUUCAAGAUAGGGUUUAAAGUCCGGUUUAUAGUUGGUUGAGUGAUGCACAAUUAUAUUACAUGUUGGUUAUAGUUGUCGCUGAAGCACCAGCGACUAGUCGCUGAAGGACGCUGGCGAUAUUGCUGCAGAGUUCAAAUAAUUGAACUUUGACACGAUCGCUGAGAUCACUCAUUGCUUUAUCGUCACACUUCACAGCUGAAUUGUGCACACAUAGCAGGUAUGAUGCAAUGUUUACAAACAUCGUGCAGUGAAUAUAACCUGCCCCCAAAAUAGGCCUAGGGUCCAGUGACCAAAAGUGUUGGACUUUCAUCAUCGGGCGACUCACUAUAAACCAGCCUUAAGACUUGAUAUACAGUGAGUCCGUGUAUCAGCUCCAAAUGGUGCUCACUGGAGACGGCAAGUCAGUAUAUCAGCGCCAACAGCUUUGUCUAUUCCAUCUGAGGCCACAUUUCCAUAUGUGAUGCGAUCAAGCUACAUGGGUCGUUUGUCGGGAAUUUUCAUUUGGAUAUACAGGCCUAAAUAGGGCCACUUCAUCACAUAACUUCAUCACAUCUCUUGGUGUUCCGACUUCCAUAAUUUUUGAACUAAAGAUGGUACCAGCAUGCAUUUUUCACAUGAGUAAUGCUGAGGUUGUG